UGUCUCCGUCUCUUUAAAGCGGGACUGGGCGGGUCACAUGUCCAGCUCCGGUGUCCCCUCCUCCUUCUCCGUGUCUUACCGGAGCCUCGGAGUGUGUGUGUGUGAGUGUGUGUGUGAGGAGGUGUGUGUUGAUGUUGUAAACCGGCCCCGGCCUGCCUCCGUGUCCUCUCCGUGUGUCGGUGUGUAUAUAAAGGUUAGGAGGAGGAUGUCAGCUCGCUGAGCACCGGGAGGAAGAUGCUGCCGCUCGGUCUGAUGCUGCUGCUGCUCACGGCCGCCGCCGCCGCCGCCGCCGCCGACCUACCCGGGACCGGCUCUCCGCCGCUCCGGGGACCGGGGCUCGGCUUCUCUCCGCCGAUCUCCACCUCUGCCUCCGCCCCGCCGCUCCUCCUCCUCCCGCAGCCCCGCGCAGAGUACGGGGCGCCCGGUGUCGCCUUGGCCCGGUCCGCGGCGGAGGAACCGGCCGGUACCGGAGAGGAGGAAGAGGAGGGGCAGCAUCAUCAUCAUCACGGCGGCGGGUUCCGGGUGGUCCAAUGGGAAUGGAGCUACGUCCAGACUCCGUACAUCAUCGCCACCUGGCUACUGGUGGCCAGCGUGGCCAAGAUCCUGUUCCACUUCUCGCAGCGCUUCACCACGGUGGUUCCAGAGAGCUGCAUGCUGAUCCUUCUGGGUCUGGUUCUGGGUGGGGUCGUCCUCAUAGCCAAUAAGAAGCAGCUGUACCAGCUGGAGCCCGCCCUCUUCUUCCUCUUCCUGUUGCCGACCAUCGUGGGCGACGCCGGGUACUUCAUGCCGGCCCGCCUCUUCUUCGACAACCUGGGAGCCAUCCUGACGUACGCCGUGGUGGGAACGCUGUGGAACGCUUUCUGCACCGGCUUCUCCCUGUACGCCACCAAACUGCUGGGGGUCAUAGAUGAGCGCGUGCAGGCAGACCUGAUGGACUUCCUGUUGUUCGGAGCGUUGAUCUCAGCUGUUGACCCCGUGGCGGUGCUCGCCGUAUUCGAGGAGGUUCAUGUCAACGACACGCUCUUCAUCAUCGUGUUCGGAGAGUCACUGGUUAACGACGCUGUCACAGUGGUUCUAUAUAAGGUCUACAUCUCCUUCGUGGAGGUCGGAGCGGAGAACGUUCAGACAGCUGAUUACUUCAAAGGAGUCGCCUCCUUCCUCAUCGUCAGUGUUGGUGGGACUCUGGUGGGUCUGGUGUUUGCAGUCCUCCUCGGCUUCAUCACUCGGUUCACCAAGAAGGUUCGGAUCAUCGAGCCGCUGUUCGUCUUCCUGCUGGUCUACCUGGCCUACCUGACCGCCGAGCUCUUCUCCCUGUCCGCCAUUCUGUCCAUGACCUUCUGUGGUAUCGGCGCCAACAAGUACGUAGAGGCCAACAUUUCCCAGAAGUCUCGGACCACAGUGAAGUACACGAUGAAGACGCUGGCCAGCAUCGCUGAGACCAUCAUCUUCAUCUUCCUGGGGAUCUCAGCAGUGGACAAGUCCAAGUGGGCCUGGGACACCGGCCUGGUGUCCUGCACGCUCGUCUUCAUCCUCGUCUUCAGAGCUGUGGGUGUGGUUGGUCAGACCUGGAUUCUGAACCGCUUCCGCCUCGUCCCAUUGGACAAGAUCGACCAGGUGGUGAUGUCGUACGGUGGCCUGCGAGGGGCGGUGGCGUUCGCUCUGGUGGUGCUGCUGGACGGCCAGCAGGUCAAAGCAAAGGAUUACUUUGUCGCCACAACGAUUGUGGUCGUCUUCUUCACCGUCAUGUUCCAGGGUCUCACCAUCAAACCUCUGGUGAAAUGGCUCAAAGUUCCUCGAUCCACCAGCAGGAAACCGACCAUCAACGAGGAGAUCCACGAGAGGGCCUUUGACCACAUCUUGACAGCAGUGGAGGACAUUGCAGGACUGCAGGGGUACCAUCACUGGAGAGACAAGUGGGAGCAGUUUGAUAAGAACUAUCUCAGUAAGCUGCUGCUGAGGAAGUCUGUGUACAGGAAGAGUGAACUGUGGGAGGCCUAUCAGAAGAUCAACAUCAGGGACGCCAUCAGUGUCAUCGACCAGGGGGGGAACGUCCUGACCUCAGCCAGAUUGUCUCUGCCCUCGAUGGCCAGCAGAGCCUCGUUCCCUGAAGUCACCAAUGUCACCAACUACCUGCGUGAGAACGGCAGCGGUGUGUGUCUGGACCUUCAGGUGAUCGAUAACGUCCUUGGAGCCAAAGUAGAGGAGGACAUGGAGACGCAUCACGUUCUGGCAGGGAACCUGUACAAACCCAGGAGACGGUAUCAGUCCCACUACAGCCGUCACUUCAUGCCUCUGGGGGAGAAGGAGCGUCAGGACCGGGAGGUGUUUCAGAGGAACAUGAAGAGCCGCAUGGAGACGUUCAAAUCCACCCGACACAAACGACACAAGAAGGAGAGGAGCCUGAAGAAGCGCCGAGGAUCUGACGCCAAGGAGGACAGCAGCGACAAACCCAGACGCAACGUCAGCUGGCAGGACAAGAACCCAGUGGUGGUCCCUGUGGAGUCAGAGGAGGAGAAAGGUGAACAUUCAGACCCUGAAAAGGACGAAGACGUCGGCAUCACCUUCAUCGCUCGCAAGGUAGAGACGCCAAAACAACGACCCACAUCAGUUCCUGCAGCUCUGGAGGGGGUUCAGAGUCCAUCAGCUGGCCCCUCCUCCCCCCCCAGUGCAGACAGCCACCUGCCGUGGAAGGGCGGCGUGGGUUCUCCUCCCCCCUGCGUCUCCGUGGAGGCCACAAAGAUCAUCCCUGUGGACCUGCAGCAGGCCUGGAACCAGAGCAUCUCCUCCCUGGAGAGCAUCUCCUCGCCGCCCGCACACACGGAGCCCGUACACCCCCGUGUCAGCGCCCUCUCCAGGCUGGGAGGCCCCCGCCCGGCCUCCUACACCCCACCAGGCAGCGCGGCGGGCAGCAUGGCAGGCAGCACCUCCUCCAUUGGAGCUCAGGUGUCGCAGGGCUCCUUCAGCUUCCCAGAGAAGAAGAAGAAGGAGGAGGAAGAAGAGGAGGAGGAGGGAGCGCUGCAGGAGAUGCAGCCGCUCAUGUCGUCUCAGAGGCCCCCCGGCUCCCUGCCCCCACCCCCACCACCGCCAGGCUCCGCCCUCGGCUCAGGGAGGAGGAGGAACCCCUGCGUCUACCUGAGGAGCCUGGUGACAGUGCCGCCGCCUGGCAGCAGCGAGCCGCACAGCCGAGGCCCCACCCAGCUGUAACAGAUCCCACAUCAGUCAAACAUCUGACGCCUGCAGAGCGGACUGCAGGACGCCAUCACUGCAACACACACAUACACACACACACACACAUAUACACAUAUAUACACACACACAGACAUCAGGCGGCCCGUCACAUCGUCCAAUCAGAAAGCAGCUCCCUGCGUCUCCUCUCAGCUUCACAGUGUCACUCUGAUGGUGGGUUAUGUGACCCUCCUGCAGUCCGAGUCAGCUUAAAGGUUUACUCUGCACCACCCGUCCAUCAGUCUGUCCAUCAGUCUGUCCAUCAGUCUGUCCAUCAGUCUGUCCGUCAGUCUGUAAACACCAUCAUCAGUGAACGUCAGCCUCUUGAUCUGGAGCUUUGUCCACUCGUGUUUUUCCCGAUACAUUUGUGUUUAUCCUGCACUCUCUGUGAUUUUCAGAGCUUUCUCUGCUUCCUGCUGUGUACGCUCUGACACCUGCUCAUUAACUUGUUAUAAAGUCCUGAUGUCACCUGAGCUGGUUGUAUGACUCCGCCUACCAGUCCACCCCAUGGUUGUGUGACUCCGCCCACCAGUCCACCCUGUGGUUGUAUGGCUCCGCCCACCAGUCCACCCUGUGGUUGUAUGACUCCGCCCACCAGUCCAGUGUCUCUGACAGUCUCCAUCCAUGUCAGUGAAAACAUGGAUGCUUCACACACAGAAGAUCUAUACAAUCAGCACAGUUUCAAGAUUAGAGUCACCAAUUCAGUAUCUGACCAAAUGUCUCCCCUUCUGUUCCUGAGAUAUGACGUUAAAACAUGAUGAUGUCACAGUCAAGCUGACCUUUGACCUUUUGACCUUCAUUUUUUCAUCCUGUUAGACAUUUGAGUCAAGUUUGGUCAGAAUUAGUGAAUGAAUUCUUCAGUUAUGGACAAACAUGUUUAUGUUUGAGUUUAUCUGAGUCCCUCGAGGCCCUCUUGAGAUUGAGAUGGAUGUAAGGUCACAGUGAACUCUGACCUUUGACUGCCAAAAUCUAAUGAGUUUAUUCUUGAAUCAAAGUGGACGUUUGUGCCAUAUUUGAAGAAAUUCCCUUGAGGUCCUGAGAUAUUGUGUUCACAAGACAACCUGAAAACAGAAUGCCUCCGGCUGCGUCUGUUGAUGGUACAGUACAUUUACAAAAAAAAAAAAAAAAGCACAAACAACGUUGACAACGAAAAGUUGAGCUUGAAAUUGAACAAUAUAUAAAAGCUCAUCAGUUUAAAGUUACUUAAUUGUAUAAAUAUAUAUAAGAACAAAACAAAUGUACAUAUUUAAACCUGACUACAAUAAUUAAACAUCAGAUAACAGUAACAGUGCCAUUAACCAGAGGUGGGGGACUCGAGUCACAUGACUUGACUCAAGUCAGACUUUGAGCCGCAAAUUUGAUGACUUGAGACUUGACUAACAGGAUCAAAGACUCGACUUGACUUUGACUUGGUAUUCAUGACUUGUCACAAAUGACCUGACAAGUAUUGACUUUUUUUAUGAUCAGUAAUUUUUAUUGUUUUCUUUUGAGCAGAAAAAAACAUCAGAUCAGCCUUCAUCAUAUAAAAACUACAAAAAUGUGAUUUAAGGACUGAAGAGGCUCCACAGCUGUGUGGUCAGAUAGAAGACAAAGCUGACACAAACUGACUGAAACAAAAUCAACAAAACUAAGAAAUAAAAAUAAAUAAUUAAAAAAGUAAAUACAUCAAACAAUCACUGGCAGACGUGUUAAUAACUGAGUGUCACAUGACACAAGUCUAAAUGAUGUUCAAGGGUCUGAGUCUAUAUGUCAUAUAGAUACAUCAGGGACUUUUAUAGAAGGAGAUGUGAUAUGUCUUCACCUGACUGACGAGCCUGAAGGAGACGAGUCUGGAAUUUUAAUUAAAUAUUUGCAUUUUUCUAGAUCUUAAGAAGUUACAUUGUGUCUUUGAAUCAUCAGGUGAUUUCUAAUGUGUGUACAAACCUGACGACCUGUUAGGACGCAGCCGACCAGCAGAGGUCAACACACAAGGCAGCUAUCAGAGGGGGCGGGGCCAAAUAUAAUAAAGUUAGGAUUUGAGGAUUGAGGUGUCGACGACGAUAAUAAGAGACCAGCUGUAUGCUAACGUCACUGAUACGACCACCACAACAUCGACUGCUGCAGCAAGCCAACACGCCGUCUGUGGUCAUUUUGACUUGACCAGCUGACUUCACUACAAGCUGAUUGGCUGUUGAAACAGGUGACGUGCUUUAAAACCAGCCGCCGGCCAUUUGACCAGCUGAGUGUCAGGUGACAUCAUCAGCUGGUUUGAGUCCAGCUCAGACCGGUCAGUUCACACUGCUGACACUUUGCUCUGUGACGUUCUAAAACAGUUUCAUCUCGUCACCAAUCUUUGGUCUGAACUGGACUUCAGACUUAAGACUUGAGACUUGCACACGUAUGACAUGCAGCCACCUCUGCUAAUAAUGGCAACAUACAUUUUGUGUCAGGAUCAAUAAUGAUCUCCAAUAACUCUGCAGAGGCUCUGCAGACAGACAUUUCUGUGUUCUCUCUUUAGGAGCAGCUGAGACCGUCUCUACGAUAAAAAAAAUCACCAUGGUCCACCUUAACAGUCCACCUUAAAUGAGCCUGGCCAGGUUCUAGUCGGAGGCUAGCUUCAGGGCUAACGUCCGUCACUGUAGCAGGUGAUGACAAACAGGAACUUGUAGCAUUUAUUAUUUGACAAACAACGUGAACGGUUCACACACUUUAACUUUACUCUGUCUGCUCGGCUCGCUGCAGCAUCGCUGUCACACACACACACACACACAUACACACACACACACACACACACGUUUUACCGCACAGAUUUGCUAUGUAAACAAUCUGACAUCAAAAUGAGGCAUCAAAAUCUGCGCUGUGAUUGGCUCCUGUAGGUACAGGUCAUUAAGGAACCAGCACCCACCUGUCACUGAGAGCAGGUCAUCAGUGAUGGUUACUGCUGUAUCAGUGUGCUUUUAGGAAACUGGUGCAGAGUACAUCUUUAACAUGUGACUGCAGGGGUCAGAGGUCACCUUCUCGUCCAAUCACUGCUGCUGUACAUCACCAGCUCUCGAGGGAAGAUUAAUGCACACACAACAGACAGGUGACGUCUUUUUAACCCUUAUUUUAUACAUCUGAUGACAUUUUGUCUGUAACUUUAAUCAUCAGAGAGACUUGAGGAAAUAUUUGUCCUCAUUCGGUCGUUGAGUCCAUCGGCCCGACACGUCCCGCUGACAGAAUCAGCCUCACACUGCUGCUCGUCUGUACGUCGUCAUAGGAGAAGAUAAACAGUGUAGCACUGAUCAUAUCUACAAUCAAUACAAUGUAAUCAAUCAUGUGCUGGAGGGGGAAACUGACUGAUGAUGACUGUUCAUUUCAAACAUGUUACUGACACACGGUACAAUGUGUUGUGAUGAUGAUCCUUCAAUGGAGGUCAGGCUGACAGUGAGCCUCACCUGCUUCACUCUGAGCUGAUGAACCCUCUCACCUGUAUUUAUCCCAUCAGAGCUUCUCAUUUAAAUCUGAAAUGUAUUUUAUAAAGCUGCAGAUAUCUUAGAUCUACAGAGGAGUUUAUUUUGAACGACCAAAGUGUGUAAAAAGGAGCAUAAGAACAUUUAUACAGUGUGUAUCUGUCUAUAACUGCCUUACUCUGCUGCGUGUCCAUCGUCCUGUGUGUGUGUGUGUGUGUGUGUGUGUGUGUGUGUGUGUGUGUGGGUGUAUUACUCCACCAGCAGGCUGUGCACGUCUCUUUACUUUCACUCUGUCGCCUUGUUUUGCCAAAGAAUGUGUUCGCCUUAAUGUCAGAGCUGCUUUCACACACACUGCUGCUGCAGGUCACUGCACACACACAAUUCAACCAAUCAGAGACAGACGCAGUGUCUCAGUCCAAUGCUCGCAUCAUGACAUCACACGUUCCUGUGCUGAUGCUGUUAAAGCUUGGGAGGCAGAAAUCUCAUAAAGGCGGAAAAAAUCAUCAGAAUUAAAUAAUCCUCCUGCAGCUCCUCCCUCUCUGCCCGCGCUUCGUACAGUCACCCAGCGUUUCCCACCUGAUUUGUUUAAUCUUAUCUCAUUCUCUGCACCCCUCUCUCUCUGUUUAUCAGACCACAGAUGAGACAAGAAUUAGCUGCUAGCUCCGCCCACGCUCCCUCCGCAUCACUGGGACUGCUUCGGCUCAAAUUCAGCCAGCUCAAACCCUCCAGCACCGGGUGUCACAGCAGGCUGGUGUCCAGCAGCAGCAUCAGGUCUAACCUGUGUAACAGCAGCAACAGAAAGUUUGCUGAUCUGGUGGGGAGGCGGGGCUGUCCGGUCCCUCAGAGCUGGGGUUUGAUCUGACUGGAGGUCAGUCUCUGGAGCUGCUACCUGCUCUCCUCCCAGCGAGGUGGUCUGUGGUGGCAGAGAGUGAGGCGGAGGACACACUGGGAUUGGAGGCUCUAGCUAACGUUAGCUACGUAAACAUGAGUCUUCAGCUCCAGUUAGCAGAAGGUUAAACUAGUGCGAUGCUGUGAUGCUAAAAAAAUGUAUCCAUGUCUCUUUUGCCACGUAAGUCGAUGGGAAAAAGUUUUUCUGCGCUGCAGGGUGUCACGUGACGGACUAGGGAGCUGUAAUUCUACUGUUUGGCCACCAUGAAAAUUGGCUUCAAAGCUUGACGCACAUCUGCUUGUGUGGUACAGCCAAUAGGAAUGCUGUCUCUCUGAAAUGACCUGUGAUUGGACAGAGUCUCCUGAAAACAAGAGGAGGAGCAGGAAUCAGGUUUUCUCUCACUGAGUUACAAUAUGAUCAAAGGUUGUUAUGGGAUUUUUGCCAAAUGAUGCCAAAACUAAACUGCCUACCCCAGCUUUAAAGGAGAAAUACUGCUCAUGUUGCAUUCAGGUCAUGUGGGACAGAAGAUGUUUGUGAUUGUUUCCAGCUGUCAGACUCAGUACUGCAGAAUUUAGCUCUCUGACAGUCUCACUGUCUCAUUAUCUGACUCAUAUUGGUAUCAAAACAAAAGAAACACAAAUAUUGGCUCCACGUAUUUCAAAGUAACUCUACCUCACUGCCGAAACACUCUGCGGAGAGAUGACUGAAUGUAC